UGAAGACUUUGUUUCAUGCUUCAGUGCUUCUCCCGUACUCCCUCUUCCCCCACUAUCUCUCUUCAAAACUCUCUCACACGCUUCCUAAAGAAAUCCAUGACUUCUUUGCAUUGUGCUUGAAAGCUUUUUCCCGUACUCCCUCUUCCCCACCAUCCACGUCGCCGGUCUGGCGAGUCCAGGCAUCAUGAGUCAUCUGAGCGGGAAACGAAGCCCAAGGUCUUCAAAUGUUUGUGAACAGGAUAAAUUAUUACCAAUCACGAUCAAAUGAAUCCACAUACCUAGCAUGGAACGAAAACCCGAUUUUAUUUUUUAUAAUACCUUUUUUGAUCCUCACCCAAAACGCACCUGAACGUUUUUGUGAACAAAGGGAUACUUUACAAGGAAUGAAGAUGAGGAGGAUUUACCAAUUCUGGGGAUUUCCUUUAUUACCCCUGGAAUCAAGAAUCCAAUGA